GCCACUGAAAAACUUGCCAUUAUCAACUGGAUAAAAGAGGACGCCCAGGCGAAAGGUAUCAUUUGCAGAAAGCUGUCUGGAGUUGUUCAAGGACUCUUGAGUGAAACUUUGAUGGCCAGGGAGCAGUGGACCACUCUUGCAACUCAUUAUGCACAUCUAGAUGUAACAUCCCAGUUCGAGCUUUGCGUGCAACUAUUUGCAGAAAAGUUGAAAGAUGCUGACAACACCUCUCGAUAUAUCAGUACUUUUGAAAAUGCAAGAUGUCGCUUUGCUGAAAUGGCAUUUCUACUGUUGCAUGGUCUCCCCACUACUCCAGAGUGG